AAGGAAGCAUUGACCUUGAACUUAGGAAAAGCAACGAGGAUCGCCGAUACUAUAUACUGUAUAUACAUCUAAUUGACGAUAUAUUUUCUUUAGAAUAUGGCACAUUACCGUGUCCAACAAUGGUCAACCUUUGCUAGAACUUGGUGGCUAUUUGACGCUAGAUGGCAAUGCCCUUGGAUAUCAGCCCGCACCAUUAUACCAUAUUUGCAAGGCACGAAAAAACCGAUUUAUCAUCCAUUAAGUGAUACAGGAGAUCAUGUAAUUGUUAUUAAUACACGUUUAAUUGCGAUGAAGAACGAAAGAUGGAUAACUUUUAAGCAUAUACACGAUUCAAGGUAUCGACCAAAGGGAGUCAUUGAAAAACGUGCUUGGCAAAUACACGCAGAAGAACCAACUAAAAUUUUCGAAAAAGCUGUAUAUUAUUCAAUGGAUAAAAAUUUAUUACGAAGAAACCUUAUGGCAAGACUACAUUUAUUCCCGGAUGAAAGUGUUCCAGAAGAUUUAUUAAAAAAUGUUAGCGAUUGCAUCAGACAGCCUAUGUUAGCACCAAAGAGAUUGGAUGAAUAUACAGAAGAAGAUAGGCGAAACUUUCCCAAACUGUUCGAUUGGCCGAAGGAUUUUGUUUUGGAUGAUGGUUUUAGGACAAAAAAACAAAUUGAAUUUCAAGAACCUUAA